AUGAGUAACAAUCUCCGUGUCAUCGUCCGUGAUGGGCAGGUUUAUACCUCUCUCACCGCACACUCCCUUCCUGACGUCAUACCUCAUGAGCCUCCUUGGGAUCCUCACGAAGACUAUGAUAGUUCUCCUGACGAUAGUAAUACACCACUCACCACUCGCUGGGUGUACGGAACUUGUCCGUGGUUUCCCCUGGUACCUUUGAAUCCUAGCUUUGAUGGGCCAAUCUUUGGAUGCCUCAACCACUCCAGGUUUUCCCUCAUUACAGAGGUAGAUACAUCGGGAAGGCACAUUCUCCACCACGAUAUUCGGGCAAAAUGGGUCGAGUUAGAGCAGAAACUGCUCUGGUGCCAGGAACAUUUGGGUGCUGGAUUAUUGAUUCCAUGGGGGACUAAACUUCCACGCCCUCCGACUUCCUAUGGGUACCAACGGUGGCAUACAGAUGCUAACCUUGCUAAAAAGGUUGCAAUAAGGUCGCGCGAUGCAUUUCUAUUAAUUGCCGCCACCUGCUCGUGGUACAUCAUGACGCGUCGAUACCAAGGUGCCAAUCAGUGGACGGCUAUCUUAACGAGUAACCCCCAACAUCCCAUACCCGCUGAAUGGGUUCUUGAGUUGUCGCGCUCAUUCGUUGGAGAUCUGACGACAAAUGUGCCACGUACAGGAGCCUUGAUCUCUUCCAUUCACUGUCCUUGGCAAGUUCAAUUGCCCAUGUUUGAGAAAUUCUCGCUUCCAAUUUGGGUCCGCGUUUCUGGGGAUACUUCUGCCGCCGUUGAUUUUACCUUGCGUCAUUAUAUCCCGUCUCCGGCAGCUAUCACCCAUGUGACCGAGGAAGUCCAACGCAAGGAGACGCCUGACACUUGGGGUCAGCUGGACGAAAGUGCGUGGGGUCAACCAGACGAUAGUGCGUGGGGUCGACCAGAGGACAACACUCAGAGUGUCCUUAACUGGGACGAUAGCGCCCUUGGAUGGGGUGAGAACAGUGGGGCACAGCCCGUGUCUGAUGUUCCCGAGGCACAUGCGGACUCUCUGUUCCCGGUCUCCCAACCCCACUCUAGACAGAAGCGAGGAGAAGACUUCAAGGCAUUCUUUGCACGGCGCCGUCAGGAGAACAAGAGGAAAGAGGAGACGGAGACACCAGCUCAACGGCAGUCGCGUCAGAGCCGUGAGCGGGCAGCCAUGAACCACGGCAUUCCUGGCAAAUCCAGCACAGUUGUGGUGUUUGAAUGGCAACCUAAUGACGAGUUUGGCAGCUUUCAUCAACGCAUCCGUCUCACAAAGGCUGAGAUACCAAUGACUUGGAUGUCGUAUAGCAAGUCUACCAGGGUAUACGACUCGUUCCGUAAUGAGUGGGAUUUGUGCGAUGCAUUGGAUCUUACCAGCGUUCCCGAUGGCGAUUGGGAGGAAGAUGAUUUCCCGCCUGCGUCUGCUCCUUCUGAACCUACCCCUGCUCCCCCUGCCCCUGCCCCACCCUUGUCCAGUUUCUUGAAAGACAUCGAAGCCUACUUCGGUCAUUAUGAGGUUGCACCCUCAACGCAGUACACUCGUAGUGUUGAGCGAUUUGUCUCCAUUUUGCACUUUCAUCUCGGAUAUUGUCUUGCAGCAUCCACCACUACACCCCGAGGCAGAUCGACUACAUUCGAUGAUUGGACUCGCAAGACACAGUGGACUCACUUAACCAGACUCAUCGGCGACAACCCCACGGAUAUCACGUCAAUUCCAGACGCACAGAAGCAUGUCAUCACAUGUUUUAUAGGUUACCUCGUCACGCUCCCUCAAUCUCAGUUGUCAGACAUCCCGCCCGAUCUCUGGGAUCUAGGACCUGACUCGUCCCUGUCAGUCUCAAAUGCACACAUUCGAGUUUCCUAUGUGCAACAACCCAAGCAGCGGCUCUACAUCAUCGAGUCACUGUCGUCAAAUCUGGUGCCCUGGAAACUGGCGGUUCCCGACGCUAUCACGGCUGUGAUGUGCCUCCGGCGUGACUGGGGCUCGGAUAUCACCAAGAUCACGUAUAACCUCCUUGAAAAAGGAAUCGCUAUAAAGACGUUGCAGCCAAUCUCAGUUCCACCUGACGCUCGACGCCCACCUACGGAACUCCAUACAUACUCGCUCGGACACGUCUUCCCCCCCGAGGAUCGCAGACUCGCCCAUUUUAGGCCUGUUUUUGCUGACUACAUCGUGUACAAGCAGCACCGUCACGAGUUCAUGAACCAGCCUCGCGCAAGAGCGGCACUUCUUCAUGGUGGCCUCAUAUGGCGGCUGGCUUUACAUAGUCUUGGGUUCGAUGUUCUCCCCUCCGUUCUCGAUGGCAUUUCGCAGGAAGCGGUACCGUUUGGCCUCAUGCUGGACAUUAAUGGCCAGACUUAUUUCGAUGAUGAGCUGUCAGAAGAGGAGGUAGAUUUCAUGUGCGGGACGUAUUAUCUGCAUACCAACGACGGGAAUGUUGAAAUCGUCUCCUGGUGGCCCAGGCCCCAGGCCUGGGCUGCCUCAGGACUAAACGUGGGGUUCUGGUCCAGUCAAUGCGAAUUUUGGUUCCAGUCACGCCUGGACAACAUUCGACGGGGUGUUUCACGUGAGCGACAUACAUUCACUGAUGAUGCAAACGGUCCAAUGACUGGCUCGAAGUGGAAAGGCUCACUCAAAUUCAAUGCAGGCACCAACAAAAUGAUGAAAAACGUCGACGCGGCGUCUUGCAGUUUUCUUGCCACCAAAGCAAGUGCUUUUACAGAGAAUUAG